ACUGAAUCAACCCUUCAGCGUACAGCUGUGAAAAUGACAGAAAAUGAAGAUUCUGAUUUGGAUGUCUACCAAGAUACUUUUGAUGACUUUGACAUUCCAAACUCUUCAAUUAAUCCUGACAGAUGUAAUCUAGAGAAUUCAAGCACUGACAACAGUGAAAGCAUGAAGAAGAGUAAUGACAACCCAGCAUUCCAAGAUGACACCACAAUAACCAAACAAUUCCCUGAUGACCAAAAUGUGGUCAUUACGGCCUCUGAAAACUGUCCAGCUGAUCAAAAUGAAAAUGAUCUCAAUGAAAGAAUCAGUUCAAAGUUUACCAAAGAGAACCUUCCAGAUGUCAAUAUGACAGACAACAGUGAUUUCAACAGCAACGUAAUUAGUUCUUCCCAAAUUCAAACCACUGCUUUCAUUGAUGAAGGUAAAACAGCAGAGUCUUCCACAAACCAUCAUGCUGAAAAUGACCUUCCUGCUGAAAUUGAAACAAAUCGUUCAUUGGAUGUAUUUGAUUGCAAUCCUAGUGAAUGGGAAGAAUUAGAUCAAGGUUUAAGUACUAGUCUCGUGUCAAACUGCUUGAUAAAACCCAAAGACACUGUCCCUUGUUCUGAUUCUAAAACAGAAAAUACUUUGAAUCCAUUCGAGGAUUGCCAGACAUUUAAUCUGAAGCCAUCUUUAGGUGAUAUGGCAGGAGACCCUCUAUUGUCAUUCCUUGAUUGGAACAUGGAGAUCAGCAACCGUAUCAAAGUUAGAUUAUUGAAUUUCAUUGCACCAGAUGACUUUUAUGUGACCCCUUCAGAUGAUUCUGAUGACUAUUUGCAAUUGUCCAUUGCAAUGAAAGACUGUGUAGAUACACUAGAGCCUUUCUCUGAUAUGGAUGAUAUAAUUGGAUUACCAUGUCUUGCAGAAAUUGAAAAUUCAUGGCAACGAGGAAUUAUUAAAUCUAAUGAUAACAAUGCAAUAAAUGUGUUUUUUGUAGACAUCGGUAAAGAAUUAUGUAUGGAAAAAUCAGUACUGAGAAAAUGUCCUCCAUCCUUGUACAAACCACCUGCAAUGUCUAUCCACUGCUUCUUAGUUGAUGUUCUACCCUUAAACAGUUCUUGGAGCACCACAGCAUUUGAAAUCUUUAAAGAAUUUACUGACAGUGAGCAGCUUGAGAUGAGAAUUGAUGUGAAGUCUUCAACGAAAUAUGGUGUGUACCUUUACAAGGAAGCUGAUGAUGACAACUUGAAUGACCGUUUGAUUGAUUUGGGUCACGCCAUUGCUGAACCUGGCUCCAAACUGGAAGCAAACCGUGAAAUUGAGCAGACACUGUUAGACCCACACCGGACAUCACAUAUGGAUUCUGAUGACAACCCUCAAGAACACAUCUCCAUUUCUCCUUGCAAUCAUUCAGUUAAAGAUUGCAUCACUAGGGACACUGUAGGGCUUUCUGACUUGAGUGAAAAAGAGGAGAAUCAGACAUCAAACGAAAACGUUGAGGAACAGUUUGAUGAGGAGAAAAAAUCAGAACAUAAGGACAGCCGAGAGUCAAGUGACGAACUGUAGAAUGACUAAGCAAAUGAUUGCAAACCACAAUCUGAUUGCUUGUAGAUGAGUGGGUGGGUGGAUGCACGCCCCUCACUGUCUAUCGAGGCACAAACCUAUGGCCUUGCCAGAAUGCCUUGUUCAAAGUGAAUAAACCUGAGGUUUUGUUGAGAUUACAGAUGAAAGAGCUAAUCUUUCAGACUCAGAAGAUUGGAAUCAC